AUGAAUUUUCCGCGUGUGAGCAAAAAUAUUUAUCCUUGUGUAUCUGUUCACGUGAAUACAUUUGGCAUUCCAGUCACACCAAAUGAUUAUAAUAAUAAAUUUUCUUACUUAUAUCAAAAAUAUGGAGAUAUUUGUGAAUUCAGAUUAGGUGGUUACAGAAGAAUAGUUCUCUCUAAACCAGAUUAUUUUGAGAAUUUAUUACCUCUUUCAAAGAAUUUGGCAAUAUUUACAAAACAUGAAUAUUCACCGGGUGUAAAUAUGCUUGGAAAUUUUGGACGAGGAAUGUUUCUUAAUAAUAAUUAUGAAAGUUGGAAGAUUAAUAAAUAUUUUCUUUUACAAUCAAUUUCAACUCCUGGUUUUAAUGAAGAAGUUAUAAAAAGUACCAUUGAAUCAUUUGAAAAAUUGGAUGGAUAUUGGAAUUCACUUAAAGAAUCUCAAUCAUGUGAUGAUGAUUGGUUACAAAUGGAUCUUUUAAAAUGGACAAGUAGAUUUAUGACUGAUAUUAUUUCGACCAUAACAACCGGUGAGCGAGGUUGUUCAAUGGAAACUUAUUAUAAUACAUUUAAUGAUAAAUCUAAACUUGAAAACUCUCCUUUUGAUGAUCCUAAAUUAUAUAAUUCUGAUAAAUUCACCCGAGCACUCGUGGCUUAUACGAGAGGACUAGCGUCCUUUUAUUAUAUUCAUCCAUUCUUUAUACGUAAUGUGCCUUAUUAUAAAAAUAAGGCAAAUAUUCUUCAAAAAAACAAAGAUUAUGUAAUAAAAACGUUGGAUAGUAUGAUCGAAAGGAGAAAAUUCGAUUUUGCAAAUACUCCUCAGAAAUUAAAGUCAAAAAAUGAUUUAUUAACUCUUCUUAUUAAUCAUGAUGCAAAGAGUAAGAUGGUUGAGUCUUUAUCUGAUGAAAAUAUUAGAGCACUUUUAUGUGACACUUUUAUGGCUGGAUCUGAUACAGGAUAG